AUGAAGAAAGAUGGUUUUUAUAAGGAAAUCCGCUCCCAAAUUAUUAACGAAGACUUUCGAGGGGCACUCACCCGCCAAGAGGCUGUCAGCAUGCUUCCGUGCCUCUUCUUGGACAUACAGCCACAUCACCUCGUGCUGGAUAUGUGUUCGUCCCCGGCUGCUUGCUUCCCGACGCUGCACGAGAACGCAGGAGGCGGUCCUCAAAAGGAAAAACUGCAGUUCGACAGAAUCCUCGCCGACGUACCAUGUAGUGGCGACGGAACAAUGCGGAAGAACGUGGACGUAUGGAGGAGCUGGAAUGCCGGCGGGGGCCAUAGCAUGCACCCAAUCCAGGCCGUCAUUGCGACAGUUUUAUCACAACAAAAGGGCCGCGUGGAGAUCGUCGACCCGCCUGAACUUCCGGGUCUCAAGUGGUCGAAGGGAAAAUCUUCUUGGCUUGUGCCGUCGCCUCCUGCCAAGGUGUGUCCACUUACCGAGGACACUUCUGCGCCGAACGCACCAGCAGGCAGUCGGAUCACCUUUUUUCGGGCGUUUGAUGAGGUGCCAGAAGAAUUCCACCAUCGGAUUCGGCCCACGAUGUUUCCCCCGCUGGGGGCGGAUUCAAUGUCCCUUGAAAAGUGUGUUCGCGUUUUGCCUCACCACAACAAUACAGGGGGGUUUUUCGUUUGCUGUCUUCGCAAAGUCGCGGAGCUUGAUGCCAGUCAGAUUUUCAUAAGCAACAAAAGUAAGGUAAGGGUUGCUGCAGAGGAGAGGCAGCACGACCGUCGGAAUUCACGAGGAUGCGGGGGCCCACGACCAACCUCGAAAUCAGCCUUCAACGACUCACCAGAUCCGCCAUCCAGAACUGAGGGAAGUGGAACAAGUUCAGAGGCCACAAAUCCAGUGGAGCCGGAACCAAACCCCUUGCUCGACGGGACGUUGCUGCCUGAGGAACUUAAUACUAAUACGCAACCAGCAGCAGCCUCGGGGAGUCUCGAAAACAUUGCUGAGCGCACUUCAACAGCACCAUCUGCGAGUGAAGAAGGAAGUCUGUAUGCACUUGCUGCAGCGGCUUCAAAACCAGGGAGUCUCUUCCAUCUUUUGCUCCCAACCAAUUGCGACGCGGAAGGCUCGAGGGUGUUGCAGAUGAUCUUCGAUUUCUUUGGCUUGGAUGAAAGAACGCCGUUGCUGGCCGGCGACUUGCGGGACCCGCGGAAUGUGGAGUCACUAGACCCUGAUUUGCUGUUCCGGCGCGUUCAUUCGCAAAAGAAAAUGUUUCUUCUUUCAAAAUCCUUGGCGGGCCUGGUUAAGACUUGUUAUGGAACCCCCGGGGCGCGUUGUUGUAAAGUGCUUGCUCAUGCCCAGUCUCGACGAGGGGAGCUAUGUCAGCAACUAGACGGCCUGUUAAGAAGUAAAAUAAAGUGGGUGCAUGCAGGAGCUACGGUUCUUGUCAAGCACUGCGAAACCAAAACGGGGGAAGAACAAGGCUUGGGCGCUCAGGGGUGGCGUGUGCCUCAGGAGGGAGCGGCGCUUAUGGCUACUUUCAUGAGAAGGCGUAUCGUGUUCGUAAGCCUGCUGGUUGGUCGGCUUCUGCUGUUGCCCGAGGCAAGGGUUGUACGGCUCUCUCAAUUGUUAUACUUCGAGGGUUGCAAGCAGGUAUUGAAUCUAGCUUCGUGUCGAGACAAGGAUGGGUCCAUUGAAGCUGGUGGAGUUGUCUGCAUCAUCUGCCCUACAUCCGUCGUUUCAGUCGAAGAUACUGUCAGAGAAGAUGCCCAUGCGAAGGAAGGAACGCCAGAAUUAGAUGAGGAAACACGCUUGCUUGCUCGCAAAUACCCUAUUAGGGAAAAUCCCAGUUUUUCAGCUAUCGCAGAUAGCUUAUGCGUUGCUUGCAUGCUUACAAGGGGUGGUAAUUUGCACGCGUAUAUGAAUAAAAACGAAGCAAAAGCGCUGGCAUUCCACCUGUUUUCAAUGCCAGAAGAACUGACGACUGCAUGUAACGAUGCAUAA